CCCAAAGUCGAAUCCCAGUCGUAGCUUACUCCACACCUCAAUUCUCAUGGCCACACUUGCCAAGGUCACUCAAACAGUACAGUAUAGGCGGGCACUGACACUUGACACCCCGACAAUUAACAAUAACGAAAGGGAAGGAACGUGGCGACCCCCUUGCAUGUUCUACGUCACUAUCGCAAUUUAUUCCAGCGGUACAUAACACUCGAUCAAUCCAUCAAGCCAUGGCGCCGUCUGCCCAAGCCCACAGGCGGUCGCACAGCCUGCUGCUCCUCCAGAAGCUGCUCAACCAGCGAGACAGCGCCAGCCCGCUCACACUGAUUCUCGACAGCCUCGAGCAGAGCGCCGGCCCGCUCGUGCACGAGUUCAUUUCCAGAGCCAAGACUAGCAAAGCUAAAGUCGUCUUCGUCUCCCUCGCCACGGUGAGGAGGCCGCGCGACGCCGAUGUCUUUGUCAAGGCCCGAGGCAAGCCGCUCAAGGCCCUGGCUUCCGAGAUAGCAUCGCACUGUGCUGCUGCCCGGCCGCCGGCGGUCUCGUCGGUCUCGUCACAUGCCAGGGGGGCGACGCCUCCUUCUCAAAAGUACCUGAUCGUGAUCGACUCGCUGAACGCGCUGGCGUCGGGGCACGGCUCGCAGCUGCUGCCGGCCUUCUUCGCGGGCGUGAUCAGCGCGGCAGCAUCGCUAGUAGCCGUGUACCACAGCGACGUACCAGUAGUGCUACCACGGACGGCAACGGCGGGCGGUGAGUACGAGCCGCACGCGCUGACGCUGCUGUUACACCUGGCGACGACCGUGUUCCGCGUGUCGAGCCUGCACCAGGCGGUGGCGGUACGGCGGGCGCAGAGCCGGAGCCUGCCGGAGCCCGAGUGGGGGCUGCGCGAGGGCCGCGAGGGCGUGCUGGUCGGCCUUGUCAAGAGCAGCGGCCACGACAACCGCGACGCACGCCGCGUCGACGGCCUGGUCGUCGACAUGGAGAUGCGCCGCCGCAGCGGCCGCGCCGUGGCCGAGAAGUUUGUCCUGGCGGGGUCCGCCGGCAUCACCCUUCUGUCCGACCAUCCGCUGUUUGCGGGACCGCAGGAGACAGGGGCCGAUGGUGGUGGUGGUGCAAAGGACGGCGCUGGCGACGGAGAAGCCGACACCACCUUCAGCCUUGGGCUGACAGACAAGCAGAGGAAAGACCGAGAGGGCAUCGUGCUGCCUUACUUUGACGCCCAGACUGAUAUAGGGGCGGGCGAGGGCGGCCGGAUCCUGUAUGAGAUGGGUCGCGAGGAUGACUGGGAUGACGAGGAAGACGAGAUAUGAGACAAAUCAAGUAGUCUAGGACAGUCAAUGGAGAGCCGGCCUACUUCUAAUCAUGCCACGCAUUGGUUGGUGAGCUGCUUCUACUUGAGGACUUGCGGUGAAAAGGCCUACUGUAGCGCUUGACCAA